AUGGAUUUCCAGGGAUCUGCCGGCGCCCCCCAGGCUCGCACCUGCUUCACCUGCGGUGCUGCUGGUCACCAGGCCCGUGAGUGCCCUAACCGUGGCGCCGCCAAGUGCUACAACUGCGGCAACGAGGGUCACAUGAGCCGUGACUGCCCCGAGGGCCCCAAGGACACCAAGUCCUGCUACCGCUGCGGCCAGGCUGGCCACAUCAGCCGUGACUGCCCCCAGGGCGGCAACGUCGGUGGUGGUGGUGGUCCCUCCAGCUCCGAGUGCUACAAGUGCGGUGAGGUUGGUCACAUUGCCCGCAACUGCCCCAAGGCCGGCGGUGGCUACGGUGGCGGCUACGGUGGUGGUUACUCCGGCGGUGGUGGCUACGGCGGUGCCAGCCAGAAGACCUGCUACUCUUGCGGUGGCUACGGCCACAUGUCUCGCGACUGCACCAACGGCUCCAAGUGCUACAACUGCGGCGAGAACGGCCACUUCUCCCGCGAUUGCCCUAAGGAGUCUUCCGGCGGCGAGAAGAUCUGCUACAAGUGCCAGCAGCCCGGACACGUCCAGUCCCAGUGCCCCAACAACUAA